GCCACAUGGCAGCCUGGGUGCCCUGUACAGACUGGAUCCCCAAUGUGUGCCCAGUGUUUCCAGACGAUGGCGGACUCGCCGCAACCCUGAUCAGGAUAAACAGAUAGAGCAUCAUGUGGGCCCGUGUGAGUGCUAUGGCUACAGCAGCCCUCAGUUCCUCUGUGUUUUGGGCGCAUCAGAAGGACACAGAGCCUAAUGGUUCACAUUCAACUUCUGACCAGUCUUCAUCACAGUAUGAGCUCAAACUUGUUCAAGUGUUGUUCAGACAUGGUGCAAGAACACCACUGAAGUCCAUACCGGAUGUUUUAGAGGCACACUGGGUUCCUGAGCUGUUGCAGGUUCCAGAACACACCAAAAUCAACCAUGUGGUCACAGACCUACAGGGAGGCCCGAGACCACCAUCUCCAGUGGAGGACAGUUACAGAUCCAAAAUACUGACGGGUGGCACAUAUCCAGGUCAACUGACAACAGUGGGCAUGCAGCAGCUGUAUGAUCUUGGAGUGAGGCUAAGGAAGAGAUACAUUCAGGAUCUGGCCUUUCUAAGCUCAUCUUUCAAUGCAAAAGAAGUUUACAUUCGCUCAACCAACAUUGUCCGUACCAUUGAAUCAGCUAGGUGUUUGGUGGCGGGACUGUUCCAGCAGAAGCAGUCAGAUGUUGUACCUAUCGUCACACAGUCAGGAGAAAGAGAGAUCCUCUAUCCUAACUACUAUGCAUGCAAACUGCUUAAGCUGCUCAGUGGUUCUCGCUGGGCAGAAUCAUCUACAUUGCCAGACAUUGCUUCAGAUCUACAGCGCAUUCGGAGCGUGCUGGGUGUCGGGCCUCAUCAACAUCUCGACUUCAUUCUUAUCAGAGAUGACAUGGUGGCCAGAGAGACUCACGGUUUGCCGGCUCCCUCAGUGCUUAAUAGCUGGAAAGCUACAGUAGAGCAGAGAGCUGUGGAUAUGAUUUACCACGUGUAUGACCCCAGUAACAGGCAGAGUCUACAACUCACUGUGGGUCCUUUUCUCCACACCCUUCUAGCCAACAUGGAAAUCAGAGCUCAAGAUAACGCGUCUGAUCCAGAUAGGAAGCUGUUCCUGUACUCUGUGCACGACACCACACUGAUGCCAUGCUUGAUGGCACUGGGUGUGUUCGACAUGAAGUGGCCACCGUACGCUGCCGACAUCACACUUGAGCUGCACCAGCAUCGGCACACCAAGCAGCACCACGUCAAAGUUUCUUACGCCGGUCAGGAUCAGAAGAUUCCAGGCUGUAGUGAUGUCUACUGUCCUCUGGGAGAGUUCAAACAAGCGCUCUCUAUAUACACAUUGUCCGAGGAGAGCUACCACAACCUGUGUGAUCACACCACAGACCGCGCUCAUACUACCUCACGUCUUUGAAAACAAUAUAUGCUCUGCACAUGCA